AUUGGGGGCACGUUACGUAAAUUCCAGAGAGCAGGAAGUGUGAUGUGGCUUUGAUUUUUAUCAAAAAUGUCGGCCAUUUUCAACUUCCAGUCACUGCUAACUGUGAUACUCCUGCUGAUCUGUACCUGUGCCUACAUCAGAGCACUGGCUCCCAGCCUGCUGGACAAGAAUAAGACUGGGCUCCUAGGAAUUUUCUGGAAAUGUGCCAGAAUAGGUGAGCGGAAGAGUCCCUGGGUGGCUUGUUGCUGCGUCAUCAUGGCUUUCAGCAUACUGUUUCUACAAUAGCAUCCAAAGACGAGCACAAAUGGGAACAUUGAAGAAAUGGACAUAAAAUGAGAACUGGGCUGUAUGAUCCUAGACACACAAGAAGACCUCCAUCUGGCUGUCAGCUAUCUGAAAUGUUUUCACAAACGGUUGCCACGGAGAGACGAAAUGUGUCUGAGAAGAUGGGGUGAACAGGUAGUCCCAGUGUGUCUAGACCCCUCCACAGACAACCUGGCUUCUGUCUGUGUUUUUCUAUAUGAAAUGUUUCUCCUGAUCCAGGUGGGUAGGGAGGGGAGGCAACCCUUAUCUGUUAUCUGCUAUUUGUGGGAUCAAUUGAUAAAAAUUUCCCUAAACAUUCAGGAUUUAUUUUUAAUUUGUCACAAGAAGUUCUUCACAAAAAGGACCCUCG